CGCGCGGCCUGGCGCGGACUUGCAGUUGAGCGGCGCGAGGAUGGCGGCGACCGGAGCGGGAGCAGCCGGUGGAGCAGCGGGAGGAACCGGGGCUGGAGCGGCCGGCACGGGAGCCUCGGUCGGCAGAAAGAAAGACGGAGGACCGUCCGCUAAGUUCUGGGAGAGCGGAGAGACGGUGUCGCAGCUGGAGGCGGUGCGGCUGUGGAUCGGAAAACACUACAAAAAGUAUGUCCAGGCCGACUCUCCGUCAUGUAAGUCUCUGGCAGGAUUGGUGGUGCAGCUGCUCCAGUUUCAAGAGGACGCAUUUGGCCGCAGGGUGAGCAACCCGGCCCUCACCAAACUGCCUGCAAAGAGCUUCUUGGACUUCAAGCCAGCUGGAGCACUGUGUCACAUUCUGGGUUCAGCCUACAAGUUUAAGAGUGAGCAGGGCUGGAGACGGUUUGAUUUGCAGAAUCCAUCCAGAAUGGAUAGAAACGUAGAGAUGUUCAUGAAUAUAGAGAAAACUCUGGCUCAGAACAACUGCCUGACUCGACCUGUUGUGUACAUUUCAUCUGAUGUGGACCAAAAGCAAGCAAGCAAACUCAAAGACAUCAUCAAGAGACAUCAGGGCUCAAUCACUGACGAUAAGUCCAAAGCAACUCACCUCAUCUAUCCCUCCCCGUCACAGUCUGAGGAAGAGGAGUGGCUGCGUCCUGUUAUGCGGAAAGAUAAGCAGGUGCUCGUUCACUGGGGCAAUUACCCAGACAGUUACGAUACCUGGGUGUCCACCAGUGACGUGGAUGGAGAGGUCGAGGACCCGCAGAGCUCAGAGAAACCUUGGAGGGUACAUGCCAAAUGGGUGUUGGACACAGAUGCAUUCAAUGAGUGGAUGAACGAGGAAGACUACGAGGUGGAUGAGAACAGGAAGCCGGUGAGCUUCAGGCAGCGCAUCUUCCCCAGAGAAGAGGAGUCUUCCCGUACGCCCGAUCGCAAGGAGCGAAAGUCCCUGGCCGGAGGAAAGAAGAGGCGGCGCUCUCCAUCCCCACCGAGCACACCCGCUGAGUCCCGCAAGAAGGGUGGCAAGAAAGGAAAUCCAGGGCUGCACUGGAAACGCCGUGGUCACCGUGAUGACGAUGAGCAGGAUGAAGAUCUCACCAAGGACAUGGAGGAUCCUUCACCUGUGCCAGGAAUGGAGGAGGUGUCACUGCCGAAAAACGUGAAUCAGAAAAAAGACAGUGAGAAUGCACCAGUGAAGGGAGGAACUGUGGCUGAUCUGGAUGAACAGGAGGAUGGCUCAGUAGCGUCUGGUGGCAAGGAUGAUGAAGAACAGGGUAAAACAGAGGUGAACCGCCUGAUCGACUCUAGCGAAGACAACGUGACCGAACAAACCCAUCACAUUGUCAUCCCCAGCUACUCCGCCUGGUUUGACUACAACUCUAUCCAUGAAAUCGAAAGACGGGCAUUGCCAGAGUUCUUCAACGGCAAGAACAAAUCAAAAUCUCCAGAGAUAUAUCUGGCUUAUCGUAACUUCAUGAUCGAUACGUACCGGCUGAACCCGCAGGAGUACCUCACCUCCACCUCCUGCAGGCGCAACCUGGCCGGAGAUGUGUGUGCUGUGAUGAGGGUGCAUGCGUUUCUGGAGCAGUGGGGCCUCGUUAAUUAUCAGGUGGAUGCAGAGAGCAGACCGCUGCCCAUGGGACCCCCGCCUACGUCCCACUUCAAUGUCCUGGCCGAUACUCCCUCCGGCCUUGUGCCGCUUCACCACCGCCCUCCGCAGGUCCCCCCUGCUCAGCAGAUGUUGAACUUUCCAGAGAAAAGCAAAGACAAGCCCACAGACCUGCAGAACUUCGGCCUGCGAACAGACAUGUACUCUAAGAAGAAUCCGAAAAGUAAAGGAGGCAGUACCAGAGAGUGGACUGAACAGGAAACACUGCUGCUGUUGGAGGCUCUGGAGAUGUAUAAGGACGACUGGAACAAGGUUUCGGAGCAUGUGGGGAGCCGCACUCAGGAUGAAUGUAUUCUGCAUUUCCUACGGCUGCCUAUUGAAGACCCGUAUCUAGAAAAUUCAGAGACGACCCUCGGACCUCUGGCCUACCAGCCAGUCCCUUUCAGCCAAUCAGGAAACCCCGUCAUGAGCACUGUGGCCUUCCUCGCUUCUGUAGUGGACCCUAGAGUGGCUGCUGCCGCUGCCAAGGCUGCCUUAGAGGAGUUUUCUCGUGUGCGUGAGGAAGUUCCAGCGGAGCUGGUGGAGGCUCAUGUGAAGAAGGUGCAGGAGGCAGCCAGAAACACGGGGAAGGUGGAUCCAUCCUUCGGCCUGGAGAGCAGUGGCAUUGCUGGCACUGCACCAGAGGAGCCAGAGAAAACAGAAACAACAGAACCCGAGAAGAUGGACGCAGAUUCAGAGGCUCAACAGCCAGAUAAGGCUGAGUCAAAAGAUGAGGCAGAGAAGCCAAGCGAUUCAGCAGAGAAACCAGUGGAAGUAGAGAAGGUAAAAAGCGAAACGGCAGAAAAACCUGAACGCGAGGAAGAAGAGGGUGAAGGAGGAGAACCAAAGGCUGCAGGAGCUGAUGCUGAAAAAGACAAGGAGGAGGCGAUGGAGGUGUCUGAGGAAGGGAAGGAAGCUGAAGACACGCCAGAGGAGAGCAGGAAGAAGUUGGAGCUAGAUGUGGGAGAAGGAAACAUUGCUACUGCUGCAGCCGCUGCGCUCGCCUCCGCUGCUACUAAAGCUAAGCACCUGGCCGCUGUGGAGGAGAGAAAGAUCAAGUCUCUGGUGGCUCUGCUGGUGGAGACUCAGAUGAAGAAGCUGGAGAUUAAACUCCGUCACUUCGAGGAACUGGAGACAAUAAUGGACAGAGAGAAGGAGGCGCUCGAGCUCCAGAGGCAGCAGCUGUUGACGGAGAGGCAGGCGUUCCACAUGGAGCAGCUGAAGUACGCAGAGAUGAAGGCUCGUCAGCAGAUGGAGCAGCAGGCAGCAGCAGCUGCAGCAGCUCAGCAGGGUGCUGGGGGUCACCAUGGAGCUCAACCUCACGGACCUUCAGGCCAUGGCCCCCCACCACACGGACCACCGCCCCAUGGUCCUCUGCCACACGGACCCCCACCAGGCAUGCACCCGGGUCACCCUGGUCAUCCUGGGCCUGGGUAUCCCCCAAUGCACCACCCCAUGGGACCCCACCACCCUCCACAGACAGGACCAAUGGUUGGACCAGGUCAGCCCAUGCCAGGCCGCUUGAUGCCAGGGCCUCCUGCUGGUGGACCGCCACCAGGCGGGAUGCCCCCUUUGAUGGGCCCCAGACACCCAGGAGCCCCCAACGGCAUGUAUCCUGGACCACCUCCUCCUGCACAGCCUGAUGGGAUACCACCGGCUCCAGUGUCAGCACUCCCUGUUCGCCCAGCUGACAACUAAAACUGCCACCUGCAAACACACACACACACACACACACACACUCUUCUUUCAGACAUCUCUUGACUUUGUGACAGCUCUUUUAUCCUGAUAUUGACCUGCUCUCUGAAAUUUCUACUGAUUGGCUUUCAGCCCCAAAUCCCCCACACACUGAAAUUUCACAUACACAUGUACAACGUGCGCAAUGCGGUCUGGGCACAAAGGUGGACGUACUGUUUUUCCUGCACCUGCUGCCUGCACUCUGGCCUUUUGUUUCCUUGUCUGGCCUGUAGGGGGCACUACUGUAGAAAAUGGUGUUACUCAGUUCUGGAGCACCUCUGUUCUUCUCUUUCUUAUUUACAAGCCCUUCUUGAGCUGAACUGGCUGUGCUGGGGAGGGGAAAAGAAAAAUACUGUACAGUAGGGCUGCACGAUGGACAUAAUACUAGAUUUGCAAUUAGGAUAUAUUAAAAUUCAUUAAGGAUUGACCUGCAUUAGUUCCUUCUGAAAUAUUUUACUUUGGUUGGAUCGAAUCUGUCCUUUCAUCAGUGCACCCAAAGUACACAAUGUAAAACGUUGCAUUUGACUAGAGGGUGAAUUUGCAUAAUGUACCUUUCUAUCAAUAUUGCAAAGGCAAAUAUCACAGUAACUUAACUAUUACGAAGUGCUGUAUUGUGCAGCCCUACUACACGCAGUGAAUGACAGGGGCCAGGAUUCAGAACCACUCCGCUAAUACGAUUGUUUGAUUUUUGGUGGGCGGAGUCAGAGCUGCUUGCGUUCGGCUUUUCCCUGUAAUGUGAGUGGACUCGUAUAUGUGUAUAUUGUGCUAAAUCUGUGUAAGCUAGACGCAUAGAGGUAAAGGCGGUUUUAUUAGCAGCCCUCUAAGCUUUUUCGGAUUCACACUGUAGCAAUGAGCCAGCAAGCAGCUUUGACCCCCUGCUGAAGCUCCUCCGGUGUGCGUGUGGCAAAAAUGCGUGUGGAGCAGGUCUCUGCUGGCAGUCAAGUGGAGCUUCCUUUCUUCACCCUGUCUAAGAAUCUACCUCUCUGUUAAAUUUAGUCUUCUGGACCUUGUGUAGGUGGGCAUUUCCAUAGCUUUAUAAUCCAGCAGCCUGUCGAAGUGUGUUUUAUGGAGCUCUGCUUGGUCGCUUGUGCUUUGCCCUGUUGUGCUGAGUCUAAAGCGGUAAUCGAUGAGGUCUUGAGAAUGGAUAUAACUCACAGGAGCACAUGUACAUUCUGAGCUGAGGCUGAGUACAAAGCAGAAACUCUUUACCGUCUUAGUGCCCAUGUGCACCAACUACUGCAGAGAACAUGCAUACUGGAAACCCCUGUGGUGUAAAUAUACACUCAUACAUGCAUUUAUGCUCAUGGAUCUGUGGCCGAUAGCGAUGUGCAGCACUUGAAAUGCACCCAUGCAUGGUGAGCAGUUAGCAUCGAUUCAUUCAGGUGCCAUUUACAUCCGACACAUCUGUUUGGAGUGAUCAUAAGUGAACGUUGAGAUGUAAUUUACAGUUGGCAUAUCUGUGGGACUUGAAUACGUCUCCAGCGAGCGUUAUCGAAUUUACUUAAUUUGUUUUUAGACAAUGUCACUGUAAAUAUAUGAGCUGUUACAAAUGCAUAAGAGGCCGUUUGUCGGUGCAUAGACAGUUUAGCGUUCACACUACCGACGUUUUGUCAUAUGUUCACCUCCAAAGGUGGAUUGGGUGAUAGUUUAUACCUGAACUAUCUCCUGUCAACUUAUCACACAUGUGUAAACAGGGCCAUAUGAGAUCUGUUUACAUUCCAUUUCAGUUCUCUGUAGAGAUCGGAGGCUGAGAACGGCUGUGCUGAUGCUCAUCACCCCCCCCCCCCCUUUUUUUUUUUUUUUAGGUUUAGCCAUUGUUAGCAGAAGUACUGUGAUUUCACAUGCUCAUCUGUAUACAUGCAUUUCAGCCCUCGAGGCCGUGUUUUGUGUGGAAAUGUGAACGUAUCACUGUUUUAGAAAAGUGCCCAUGUAUAAUGUUCACCUGGUUAAUUUUAGCUGAUCUUUUUAGCCAUGUACUCAACUGCAUUUUGCCAUUUGAUGCUGAUCUGCAGCCAAUUAUGGUGAAGAAAAAUACAUAUGUGCUCAUUCACUUGGUUAGCUUUAGCCACUCACCAUGUACUGGAAACUGCUGCGGUUAAAAUGUAAGCGCAUUUUGCUGUGCUGAUCUGAGGCCAAGUUCACUGCAGAAACAAGAAAACAGACAGCCAUGUUUGGAAAGUGCCCGUGCUCUGGAUUUGCUUAGCUUUAGCAUCUGUGCACACGUACUUAAGACCGCUGUACAGUUUUGAGGCCAUGUAUCAUGCAGAAACACUCGACUGUUAGAAAAGUGCCCAUUCACUUGGUUAGCUUUAGCUGCCGUAGCUAGCCAGUGUACACUCAUUCAAUUAGCUUUAGUUGCCGUAGCUAGCCAGUGCACACUCAUUCAAUUAGCUUUAGCUGCCGUAGCUAGCCAGUGCCCACUCACUUGGUUAGCUUUAGCUGCCGUAGAUAGCCUGUGCUCAUUCAAUUGGUUAGCUUUAGCUGCCGUAGAUAGCCUGUGCUCAUUCAAUUGGUUAGCUUUAGCUGCCGUAGCUAGCCAGUACCCACUCACUCGGUUAGCUUUAGCUGCCAUAGCUAGCCAGUAACCACUCACUUGGUUAGCUUCAGCUGCCUUAGCUAGCCAGUGCUCAUUCAGUUGGUUAACUUUAGCUUACAUUAAUAGAUGCACUGCAGAUUCUACUGUUAAACUGCUACUCGCACUAAAGAGGUGAUGGAGGGUCAUUUGUUGCUUAUAUUCGGUAGCUGCUGCUUAGUGUUCCUCCUUUAGGUGCUUUUACUGUAGCUGACCUGCCUCACUCUACCUCUCUCUCUCGCUCUCUCUCUCUCUACUACCUCUUUCUUUCUCUUUGUCUCUCUCUCUCAUUCUCUCUGCCCAUAUGACUGCUGCAUUACUGCUGUGUGGAGGCUGUUUGUCCUCCUGUUUUUCCUCAGGUGAUCCGCACCCUCAGUUCAAACAUGGCCCUCUACACUACAUACACAACACACACACACACACACACACACACACAAACACACAUUUGUGUGUAUCUUCCAAAAAUGUAUGGGCUGUAUCUUUUCAUGAGACAGGAGCUACCCCACCCCUUAUAUAUCCUUUAAAAUUGCUUCGUUAUUUUAAGGUAAUGUAUUUUUAAGAAAAUAAAGUUUGUGUAGAAUCAGAUUUCACUGUUCUUUGGAUCUUUGGAAGUUUGUAGUUUUGUAGCUUUGUCUUCCUGGGUUUUUCUUUUUUUUUUAAAAAAAAAAAUAAAGUUUUAACUGGCACAUUAAUGGUACUGAGGCCUAAAA